AUGAGUACUUUCAUCUAUGAGGAUAUCUGUUCCCAAUUUGGACCACCUUUGGAGAUCUUGUCGGACAAUGGCUCUGCAUUUAUUCAAACUGGAAUUGAGAUCGCAUUGGACAAGCUCGGUACCAAGCAUCUUUACACUGCACCUUAUCGCCCACAAACCAAUGGACGUUGCGAGCAUUUGAAUGAUGUCAUCAUGGCCUCAUUGAAGAAGCUUUCUUAUGAGCAUCCCACUGAAUGGGAUUUGCAUGUCCCAAGCGUGUUGUACUCAUAUCGUACUAAGGCGCAUGAGUCACUGGGAAUUUCUCCUUUUGUACUUUUGUUCGGGCAGCCUGCCAACAUUCCUACGGAUGAUGUUCUGCUGCAAGUUGGGCAUGUCCUCGAUGGUGCAAGAUUGAUGCAUUCGAGAGAUCGCAACAUGAUGAUUGAUGAAAUUGCCUUGGAUGACCGAGUCAAGAGCUAUAUGGAGUACAAACAAGGGCCUAGUAUUCGAGUCUAG